UGCGAUUCGCAAAUGAACCCCCGUUAAAGUGUCAAGUAAAGCUUGCAAAAAGAGAACAUUUGAAAUCUAUGGAGAUUUGAAAACCAGAGACCGAGGAGAGCCCGCGAGCUCGCGAGCCAGACGACAAUGGAAGCAGAUCGAAACCCUAAUGCUACAUCGAGGAGCUUCUGCUCCUCCUCCUCCUCGAAGAAGCGCGAGUUCUCGGUGUACCAGAACCCCGCUUUCUCCGCCGCUCUCACCGCCUCCAGCCUCCGCCCUUCCUCAUCCGCUGUCCUCUUCUUCUCCUCCUCUGCCCUUGUCUCCGCCCUAUCCUUCCUCGCCCUCUCAUCCAUGGAGGACUCGCUCACUCAUAGCUUGGGAUUGAUCCGUGUAUCAAAAGUUGGAGCUUUGUUUCUUUUCAAAUCUUUGCGAACUGCGCUUGUUCUGGUGUUCAUCACGACAUUAUCUGCUUUCCUCCGAGCUUUGGCUCUGCGCAAUGGUGGUGUUCUGACUAAGAGAAUGAAGGAUCAGCAGAAGAAGCUCUCUGAGCGUCAAUUGAACCUCUUAGGCAUAAAGCUGCAACCUUGUGAGAAAAUGGAUGAUGAGGUUGUGAAGAAGCAUCCCAAGUCAAUGACUUUGUCCUCGGAGCCCCUUGUCCCUAUUAGGAAGUCGGGCUUUGGUUAUACACCCACUCGUUCAUCAUUAGUUGGAUCGGAGCAACAACAGUUAGCUAGUAGUGCAAAGAAGAUGUCAGGGAUGUCCCCGGUUUCAACUCCUGCUCGGCUGCAUUCUCAAUAUAUAUCCUCUCCUUCAACCCCAUGGUCAAAAGGCAGUGCAAAAGGGAUACAGACAGAAGCCUUGUUUGAGCAAUUCUUGGCAAAUGUGGAUGAGAAGUUUUGUGAGUCAGCUGUCAAGACAGAAACUACUACGCCCCCGGCCACCAUUAGGGGAUUUGGCAUUGUCAGCCCAAGCUCAAUAGCCAGCUCGGCCACUGCUUCUGGUACUACAAGGAGCACGCCACUGAGGCCUGUGAGAAUGUCCAACCAGAAGUAUAGCACACCUCCUAAGAAAGGAGAGGGAGAGCUCCCACCUCCUAUGUCAGUGGAACAAGUAGUAGAGGCUUUUUGAGUUUUUGGUGUCUACCCUCAAAUUGAGCAGUGGCAGGAUAGGCUGAGGCAGUGGUUCUCAUCAAUGCUAAUGAAUCCGUUGCUUGAGAAGAUCGAAACAAGUCACAUUCAGGUUAUGCAAGCAGCAGCGCGGGUUGGUGUUUCCAUUACUGUAAAUCAGGUUGGAAGUGAUACAUUGACUACUACUGUGCCUGUCAAUGUGUCCCUGAUAGAUGGUGCCAAAGAGUGGCAGCCGAUAUUUACCUUGGAUGAAGAUGGGGUUCUUCAUCAGCUUCGUGCAAAUCUAUUGCAAGUACGUGAUGCAUCAGCUUUGCAAUCUCCUAUAGUUGGCUUGCAACAACCACAGCCAAAUCCUAUACUUCCUUUUGUACAAGCAUGUGUGGAUGCCAUCACUGAACAUCAGAGACUUAACACAUUGAUGAAAGGAGAGCUGAUUAGAGGCUUGCUCCCACUAAGUGGUGUGCGUGCAGAUUAUACUGUGCAAAGGGUCCGAGAACUUGCUGAAGGAACAUGCUUAAAGAAUUAUAACUAUUUGGGGAGUGUAGAUGGUUCUGACAAAGCAGGCAAAAAGUAUUCGGGCGAACUUCCAAGUGACUCUCACCUGCUGUUAUAUCUAUUCUCUGCUUUCUUAGAUCAUCCCAAAUGGAUGUUACAUGUCGAUCCCGCCUCCUAUUCGGGUGCUCAGUCAAGCAAGAAUCCUUUGUUCCUCGGAGUUCUUCCCCCGAAAGAGAGGUUUCCUGAGAAGUAUGUGGCUAUCAUAUCUGGUGUGCCAUCUGUGGUCCAUCCCGGGGCUUGUAUAUUAGCAGUUGGGAAGCAAAGUCCUCCGACUUUUGCUUUGUAUUGGGAUAAAAAGCUUCAAAUCUCUCUGCAGGGAAGAACAGCAUUAUGGGAUGCUAUUUUGCUUCUCUGCCAUAGAAUCAAGGUAGGAUAUGGAGCGGUUGUUCGUGGAGUUCAUCUCGGUUCUUCGGCUUUGAACAUCCUUUCAGUUCUCGAUUCGGCGAAUGAAAGUUGAAGAUCAGGAGAUAAGAGCACCACUUGCUAAACUGGUUUCUAAUGUGUAACCUUCUCUGAUCUUUUCAAUUUGCUUUUAUGAAUUCAAAAACUUAGAAUCAUCUUUUCAAGGUCGUCUUUAACUAGUUGCAUGUAUCCUGAUUUUUCAAAUCAGUGAGGGAAACAAAAUUUGGUUGUAUUGAUUUCAAAUUUAACACAUUUGAAGUUUAGAAU